AUGGGUGGGGCUGGAGACACGUGUUCCCAGCUUAACCCACGAGAAUCGUUUAUUUGCGGCCUCAAUUCUUUCGUAUUAAUUCCGAAACGUAUCAUAGGAAUUCAUAGGAAUGACGUACUAAUUAAAGGAAUAAAAAAAAUUCAGGAAAACCAAUUAUUAGCCAUGGGUGGGGCUGGAGACACGUGUUCCCAACCCCACCCACGAGAAUCGUUUAUUUGCGGCUUCAAUUUUUUCGUAUUAAUUCCGAAACGUAUCAUAGGCAUUCCUAUGAGCGCACUAAUUAUAGGAAUAAAAAAAAAAAAGGGAAACCAAUUAUCAGCCAUGGGUGGGGCUGGAGACACGUGUUCCCAGCCCUAG